AUGAAGGUACAAAAUAAAGAAUCCCUCAGUGCCCGGCAAAAGAGGGUAAUAAUCCCCGGGCGGGGCAUACGAUUAAACGACGACCAUGGCGAGUUAAAGGUUACGACUUGGAAUGUGAAAACUCUUUACAAAGAUGGAAAGCUGGAAAACGCAGUAAGGGAAAUGAGGAGGUACCGCUGGGACAUUCUUGGAGUGAGCGAAGUGAGAUGUAUCGAGUGCGGGGAUGUUCCAUCUUACGACAGCACACAUUUUUAUUAUUCCGGCGGACAGAAGCAUAGGUUUGGGGUUGGGUUCAUAGUGACGAGGGAAGUGAGAGAGUGUGUGACAGGAUAUGUUCCACGGUCCGAUAGAGUAAUGUUGCUACAGCUAAACACCAAGCCUAUAAAAACCAACCUUAUCCAGGUAUACGCACCUACUUCUGAAAGCACUGAAGCUGAGUGUGAAAACUUCUACAAAGACUUGGAUGCGGUACUAAAAUUGGUAAAAAAGCAUGAGCUUAUAAUGGUUAUGGGGGACUUUAAUGCCAAAGUUGGGGAUACUCCGGAACACAACAUUGUUGGCCCGCAUGGACUCGGAACCAGGAAUGAUAGGGGCGACCGACUCAUAGAGUUCUGUACGGAGUACUCUCUGACUAUCAUGAACACUUGGUUUGACUUACCGAAAAGGCGGCUUUAUACGUGGCAGUCUCCAGCCCACACAUGUGACAAGAUUGUAAGGAACCAAAUUGAUUAUAUCUGUGUCAACUACAGAUACCGCAACGCAGUAACUAGUGUUAAAACAUACCCGGGUGCAGACAUAGAGUCUGACCACAAUCCUGUAGCAAGUAAGAUAAGGCUGAAACCUAAACGCGUACAAAAAGCAAAGCCUAACAAAGUUUUGAAUGUCGAGAGAUUCAAAGACGAGGAAGUUGUACAACACUUUUUGGAAAAAACUGACGAAAUUAUUAAGAUGGAUAUAACAUUAAGUGAGGAAUCGCAUUGGGGAAAUAUUAAAACAGCUCUUACAAAAGCGGCAACGGAAGCACUUGGUAAUAAGAGGAAGAAGGAACAAGAAUGGAAGGUACAUGAAGUUAAAAAUCCUUCAAAUACGACGACAUUGAAGUGUUAG